AUGAAGCUGCUCUGUCUAUCGAUUUUGGCCGCCUUGGCGGCUAUCACGGUAGCCCAUCCUCGUCCACCUGGUCCAGAUCGCAUGGAACACCUUCUGCAAUUGCUUCCGGAGGACCUUCGUCAGGAAUUGGAAACCACUGUCCAGCAGGCCAUUGCCAAUGGAGAACGCCCGAAUGUACCAGAGGAACUUCGCGAACAAAUUCGCGAACAAGUGAAGGUGAUCAAACAAGAAAAAUUGAAUCGAUUCCUGACGGCUCUACCGGAGGAACUGCGUCUGCAAGUGGAAGCAUUAGUCGAGGAAGCUACAGCGACUGGUCAACGUCCACAAGUGUCCGAUGAAAUACGACAGAAGAUUCGGGAACAUUUCAAGGCGCAACGAUAUGGAUCAAACCCAACAAUGGAUGACUUUUUCAAUCGGUUGCCGGAAAAAUUCGACCGCAUGCUUUCGCUUUUGCCAGAAGAUUUACGCCAAGAAUUGCAGAAACUGCUAGAGCAGGCAAAGAUUAACGGAGAACGCCCUCGUGUACCGGAGGUACUUCGCAGUAAAAUUCGUGAAUACUUCAACUCGUUGAAGGACACCCAUCGUCAGCACUUGGACAAGUUUUUGUCCAUGCUUCCUGAAGACCUUCGACGCGAAGCGGAUACCUUGUUCCAGCAGAGUGUUAUAAACGGUGAACGCCCUCAUGUUUCAGAAAACCUUCGUGACCGAAUCCGUGAACAUUUUCAAGAACUAAAACAGGUUAAUCGUGAACGGUUGAAUAAAAUUCUAGAUGUGCUACCAGAAGAUAUACUUAAGGAGAUACAGGCUCUGUUCGAGCAGGCUCGUGUUAAUGGAGAACGACCCCAUGCUCCGGAGGAGCUACGCAAUCGCAUCCUUGAGCGGUUUGCCCACCUUAACGAUAAUGAUCGCAAUCAGAUGAAAUUAUUCUUGAGCAAUUUGCCCGCACAACUUCGUGAGCAAACCGAACGCGAACUUUUGCAAAAUCCAGUAUAUCCCGGUCAACGUCCGAAACUCUCCGAAGAGCUGAUCACGAAAUUGCACGAUUUCUUCUGGCAAAUCCUGCCGGAAGAUCUUCGCGAUCGACUGACCGCCGUUGUCAAGAACAUUAAAGAAACCGGCGAACUCCCGGAAUUGGAUGAGGAUCUUCGCAAUCGACUGCAGAAAUUCCUAGUUCUACUGAAAACGCCCCAACCUUACUAA